AGUUUCCUUUUUCUGAUGGCAGGCUGCCAAGGUGGAAUUGGACGAGGAGGAAUGUUAAGCAGUGGCCUUAGUGGUGGGGGUGGGCAUGGUGGUAAAGGCGGGGAUGGUUUUUACAGCGGCAAGCAUUCAGGUGGCGGAGCUGCAUAUGGUAGUGCUGAUUUGCCUUGUGAACUUGGCAGUGGCAGUGGUAAUGUCAGUACAACAUCUUCAACAGCUGGUGGUGGUAUAAUAGUGAUGGGUUCUUUGGAGCAAUCUCUGCCUAUUCUCUCUCUCUCUGGUUCAGUGGAAGCCAACGGUGGCAGUUUCACUGGUGUGGCGACUCAUGCUGCAAAUGGAGAACCUGGUGGUGGUUCUGGGGGCACAAUUCUUCUAUUUGUGCGGACUUUAUCCUUAGAGAACAACUCUGUACUUUCUAGUGUUGGUGGGGUUGGAAGCAAUGGUAGUGGUGGAGGUGGAGGCGGUCGCAUUCACUUCCACUGGUCCGACAUUCCCACUGGAGAUGACUAUGUUCCUUUUGCAACUGUCAAAGGAUCAAUACUUGCGAGAGGAGGAAUUGUCGAAGGCCGAGGUUUUCCUGGUGAGAAUGGCACAGUUACAGCAAAAGAUUGCCCGAAAGGUCUUUAUGGUACAUUUUGCAAGGAGUGUCCUGUAGGAACAUACAAGAACAUUACCGGGUCUUCUAAGUCCUUGUGUUCUCCAUGCCCUGCAUAUGAGCUCCCUCAUCGGGCUAUAUACAUGCAUAUCCGAGGAGGUGUCGCUGAAACCCCAUGCCCGUACAAAUGUGUGUCAGAUAGAUAUCGUAUGCCUCACUGUUUUACUGCUCUUGAAGAGCUAAUAUACACUUUUGGUGGACCUUGGUUCUUUGGCUUGCUUCUUUCAGGCCUUCUUGUUUUAUUGGCUCUUGUUUUGAGUAUUGCUCGGAUGAAGUUUGUUGGUACUGAUGAGUUUCCUGGACCAGCACCAACUCAACAUGGCUCCCAAAUUGAUCACUCUUUUCCCUUCCUAGAAUCACUGAAUGAGGUACUGGAAACAAAUAGGGCCGAAGAAUCUCACUGCCAUGUGCACAGGAUGUUUUUCAUGGGCCCAAAUACCUUCAGUGAACCUUGGCAUCUCCCGCACACGCCACCUGAACAGAUUACAGAUAUUGUAUACGAGGAUGCGUUUAACAAGUUUGUCGAUGAGAUCAAUGCUCUGGCAGCUUAUCAGUGGUGGGAGGGAUCGAUUUGUAGUAUUCUGUGUAUACUUUCCUACCCCUUGGCAUGGUCCUGGCAACAGUGGCGCCGAAGAAAAAAGUUACAACGACUACGUGAGUUUGUUCGAUCUGAAUAUGAUCAUUCGUGCUUACGGUCGUGCCGUUCACGUGCCCUUUACGAAGGACUGAAGGUAGCUGCCACUCCAGAUUUAAUGCUGGGUUAUUUGGAUUUUUACCUUGGUGGGGAUGAGAAAAGGCCCGAUCUGCCCACUUGUCUUCAUCAAAGAUUUCCAAUGUCCUUGAUUUUUGGCGGUGAUGGAAGUUACAUGGCUCCAUUUUCACUUCACAGUGAUAGUGUAGUCACAAGUCUUAUAAGCCAGGUUGUACCAUCAUCAAUAUGGCACCGUCUUGUUGCUGGACUGAAUGCCCAGCUGCGUUUGGUUCGUCAUGGAAAUUUGAAAGUAACCUUUCUUCCUAUGCUCAAAUGGCUUGAAACUCAUGCAAAUCCUGCCUUAGACACAUACCAUGUACGUGUUGACCUUGCAUGGUUCCAAGCUACAGCAUUAGGAUACUGUCAAUACGGUCUUGUUAUUCAUGCUGUGGAGGGAGAAGCCGUGGCUGCUGAACUUCAAAGUGGCUCUAGAAUAAUAUUUGAUCAACAUUCAUUAAACCAGAAUGAAGAUGCUGACUCUCAACUAGGCCACUCAAGGAGCAAUGAUGCUUAUAUGUGUAAAAGAAUAACCGGUGGAAUUCUCAAUGUUGACAACUUGAUGACGCUCAAAGACAGGAGUGAUUUGUUUCAUCCCCUGUCUCUUAUCUUGCAUAAUACUAAACCGGUUGGACAUCAGGAUCUUGUUGGUCUGGUCAUCUCAAUAUUGCUUCUUGCAGAUUUUAGCUUAGUGUUGCUUACGUCUCUCCAGCUAUAUUCUUACUCUAUGGUCGACAUUUUGUUAGUCUUGUUUGUUCUUCCUCUUGGAAUACUGGCACCAUUUCCAGCUGGGAUAAAUGCUCUCUUUAGUCAUGGCCCACGUCGCUCAGCAGGCCUUGCUCGUGUGUAUGCGUUGUGGAACAUUACAUCUCUGGUUAAUGUUGUCGUGGCCUUUGUAUGUGGACUUGUGCAUUAUAAGUCAUCAACAAAAAGACAUCCAAGCAUGCAGCCAUGGAAUUUGGGCGGGGAUGAAACUAGCUGGUGGUUAUUCCCAACUGGACUCGUGUUGUGUAAAUUGAUCCAAGCAAGGCUUGUUGAUUGGCACGUCUCCAUCUUAGAGAUCCAGGAUCGUGCGGUAUACAGCAACGACCCAACUAUAUUCUGGCAGUGAUGGCAUUCGGAUCACCGAAGUGGUCAUGGGAGCUUUUUGCAACUCAAGUUUUUGGGAGUUGAUAAAACGAAGGCUAGAAAGCUAGCCCAUUCUUUGUCGGCCAGAUAGAGGAAGCAAGCACAAAGUAGAAUUCCUACAUAUGCAUGCUUAUAGUUUGCUGUUAGUCUUGCGCAGCCAUAACAUUUUCCUUGUAGAUAAGAAGGUUUAACACAUCCAUUCAUUAUAGGAUUUAGACACCAUAGGCUUACAACUUUACCAGAGCUAAUCACCGACAUAUACAGAUAGCGGGGUGGGUGAGUGCAAAUGAUCAAAUAUGAAAUUACCCUGCUCGUGGUCCAGUUUGAUGAACACAACAAAUUACCAUUUUUGGCAUUUUUGUUUGAUCUAGUGGGCUGAUGCAUCAUGCCCGCCGUUAGUUGCUGGGGUGAUCUAGUGGGCUGAUGCAUCAUGCUCAAUGUUGGCUUGAUAAGCUAGAAGUUUCCAUCUGAAGCAUUGUGUUAUGUAACGAAUGCAUUCCUAUUUUUAGUACUUUCUACGGUUCAUAUUACUUGUCUUAGAUUUGUCUAGAUAAAUCCAAGACAAGUAAUAUGGAUCGGAGGGAGUACAAAGGUCUAUUAUCAAUUGCAUCUGAUCUUUA